CAUUUCUCAAAGAAAUCAAGAGCUUCGUGGCAUAUCUACACUCAGACUGUCAAUUUUAUAUGACUUGCGGGCAUGACGGAACCUGCAGGUGCCGGAGCCAGCUUUGCUUCUCCUAUGGAUUGGUUCGCACAACGGGCUACGAUCACACACUUGUACCAAGACAAGAACAUGACUCUAAGCGAAUUGAAGAAGUACAUGAGGGCGCAUCAUGGCUUUAAUGCCACAAUAAAGAUGUACAAAUACCGGCUUGGCCAAUGGAACAUUCGCAAGAACUUGCGGUACUCAGAGGUUGAGAAGUAUGCGAAUUCUGGUGCUGAGUGCUCAGAUGGUGACAACAUACCAAGAUUGCGCGGCAAGAAAGCAAGCCAACGCAGAAUCAAUGCCUAUAUCAAGAGAAGAUGUGAGCUCGUUCCGACAGGGAGUCCCAAGAAAGACCUCAUAUUUUGGGGCGAUACAAAGGCCCUCGAGAGAUGUAUACACGCCACACGCUGCUAUGUUUUGGGCAACCUUGGCACUGCAAGAUGGAGCACUGUUGCUAUAGACCCCAUGAGCAUCAAUGUUGGGCGCCAAUGGCACCAACGUAUGUGGUCAGCAGCCAGUUUGUUGAACAUGGGCCAAGUUGACCCGGCAUUUCGUUUGUUGCGAGACUGCAACAAGAAGAUUGAGGAUCUUUUGAUCCUCGAUGAACCGACUUUUUUUGAAUUCGCGAGUCUCUCCAUAUUACGUCUCUGCACAUCGUGGCCCGACCUGGCACUUUCUGUCGUGGGUCAUAUGUAUUCACUGUCCAAGGUCAUCUUCCAGAGCUCCCAACACCCUGCAGUUAUAUUUUUGUCAUCUCUAUACAAGCUAGGUCGUCUCGGUUCUCAUCAAGUGGCAUUGGCGUGCGUUCAGGGCUGCCUUGCAGCCUUUCAAAACCAUCUGCCACAAACAAACAGGUUUCUAGUGCUUAUGAAGAUCGAGGUGACUGUAUAUCUUGUUGCAGGUGGUGCCAUUGACACAGUUUCAGGCAUCGCUACCCUGCAAAAGAUUUUGUCAGACUUGCAAGCUUCGGCGGAGCAAAGAUAUGUGGACAUACUCAUGAUAAAAUCACAUAUCUCUUGGAUGCACUUUCAGAAUGGGGAUUAUGAUACCGUUUCGAGCCUGAAUGCUGAAAUCUUGUCGGUCAUCGAUGACGACGUAACAGGGCUUGGAACACCCCGGGUGAUUACAUGUAUGAUUUCAAGCGAUGGCCAAAAAGUGGAUCCGAUUGCCCAGGGCUACAUGAUGUUGUUCUUGAUCGAGCAGAAGCAUGGAGAGGUGGAAGUUGCGAGAGCUGUUGGCAAAAGCCUCAUUGAGCACUGUCUGGAAACAUAUGGUAGAGAAGACGAGCGCACGAACAGGUCUCUAACACUUUACGAAGAAUAUCUCAAGAAAGUCUGGAACAACCAUCUUGCAACCUCGGUGUUGGAAUUGUCUGAUGAUGAUAAAUUGAAUCAGAUUUUCUAA